AAUGCGCUACCCCGCUCUGUUCAGAGUAGGUGUUAGUGUUUGGGACGUAAAUGCUUAUGUCCUUUCAUUGCUAUCGCUCCUAUGGCGUAUAUUCUUUUUAAACGUCAUAUAACAAUAUGAAGUUUUUCUUCUGCAAUGUCAAGUGACUUCAGAAGUGCGAUGAUUCAGGUAAUUGCUCAGCUCUGUGGUCAAGUUGGCUUCGAACAAAUCACGGAAGCCUCACUUGAAUUGUUAAUUAGCGUUGUGGAAGCAUAUUUCCUCUCCUUAGUUAGAAAUGUAUAUACGUUGACGGCCUCAGACGGUUAUGCACAGGUUGCAGAUGGACUUCUAGCUUUGCGUUUGAUGGGUCAAACGCCCCAAGGCUUUGCCAAGUUUGUCAUAGAGAACAGUCAGUUUUUUACGCGAGCGCCUACUAUGACAUGUGGGCCGGUUUACGGAAAAUCAUGUUUAAAUAUCCCACCUGAAGAUCAUCCUGAAUUAAAAGAGCGGCCACCCUUCAUCCCUCGCCAUUUGCCGCUAAAUUAUCGCGAGGACUUUGGAAGUCAAACAUCUCAGGCAGAACCAAGCAUCAAAGAAUUUGCUUUCAAUACUUGCUUAUCUCCUUCCUCACCUAAUACGGUAUCUACUAGUUCCAAUUGUCUUACUGGUGCAACCAGUACUGCUGUAACAACUGUUGCUCGUACACUUCCUGAAUGGGCCAACAGAUCUACAUAUCGUAUGACAUGUGUUUCAGUUGAUCCUCUAACUAAGUGCUUGGUGGAGCAUUGUCCUCCAUGGAAAGCCUCUGAUGUUUUGUCGGAGUCACCGAUUCCGGACAAUUAUGUGUGUUCGACAAAUAAUUACUUUUCAUCUAUCUCAAAAAGAGAACUUGCAUACGACUCAACACCAGAGGAUACAAAAAAUCCAUAUGUGUCUCCACCCUCACCUGCAAAACAAUGUGGUGCUAGUGAUGCACAGUGGGCAGCUGCUCUACAAGCUACUCCGUCGACGCAGCAACCGAAACGAAUCGUCUAUACUCCAAGUCGUUUUGAUCCUAGUUCCACACCAUCUUGGACACAUAUUAGACGAGCAGCAAAUUCAUCACGUACACCGUUGUUUGUUAAACAGCCUAUUGGGGCAGAUUCACGGUAUAAACGGCAAGCUUCCACACUUGCUUAUUCCUCAGCUCCGAAAAUUCCGAGACUGACUACUGGACGGCGAGCAAACAGGUGUUCUAAGUUUGGUCGGGGUCGAGCAAGUAAAUUAUCAAGGCAACGUGUUUCAAAAUCAAGUAGAUCAAAUUCUCCUAUCAUAGAGCAACAUUCAGAUAAUACUAAUUCAAUGGAAAAACCACUGAAUCCGACAAGUGGGCAUUCCAGUUUCAAAGAAGAUAUUAUCAACACAGAACUUUCUCCGCUAGAUUCGGAUAUUUCUACAUUAUCGAAUACAAUAAAUUCGCCUAAAUCUUUGGAAGAAACAUCCGUAACCUUGCCAGAGAAAGCAGCUGAUGAUAGUUCCAUGGCACCUAAAGUAGAUCCAGGAGAUGAAAAACAAACUGUAUGGAAUGGAAAAGAUUAUCCCGAUCAUGAUUCACCAUGUACUCCUCCAUUACGGAAUCCUGUAAAUAGUGAUUGCCUGAUAACAUCUUCUGGUGUCUUAUCAUCUAGUUUAGUUACUUCACCGAAACGACUGGAGAAUCGUAUGAAAUCUGUUGGUGUUGAACUAUCUGAAUUAAAGGUUUUGAACAUUCCGGAAAGAAGUACUUCAUCAGGAACUCAAAAUAGUGUACGACUUAAAUCACACCCAUUUCGGCGGAGAGCUCGUGGACGAAGAAGAGAUAAGUGUAGAGUUUCGACAUUUAAUAGUUUAUUUCAAAAUCCUUUGCGGAAGUGUUCAGAUCCACUUCACAUUAAGUCACAGAAUCGUUCUUUCCAGCCUGUUCAAAGUCUCGAACGUAUACCUAAGGUUGAAAAUAACGUAAAUGAUCACCAAACUGUUGCAGUCGUUCCAGACAACUCUUUCAAAAGUUCUCGACCGACUCGAUCAGUAAAUAAAACCGGAAGGCGUACAGGGCUAGAUGCAGAUGCUUUUCACGAUUCUAUAAAAAAUCAACCUAUCACCACACAGUUUUCUUCCGAUGUAAGUAUGGAAACUAUCUGCUCCCCAGCAUCAGAUACAACUGAACCCAUGACAUUUAGUGAAAGAGCAGAACUUCUUAGAAUUCUCUGUACUGAUAAUAAUUCUGUGAAGGACACUUCAUCUACAACCUUUAAUGUAGUUCCCAAUAAUCACUUUUUGAAGUCAGAGAAUCCGGUAUUUAGCAAAGAAAGCUUUGGUAAACUGCAACAGCAUGCAUCAAUCACAUUAAGAUCACUACCUUCUUCCCCAUCAUCCCUUGAUUCCUCCCUCUCCUCUUCUUCUACUUCAAAAUCUUCACCUGAAGAAUCACUGCUUUUAAAGUCAGAAAUGAAUGACGUAAAAGGCUGUGAUAAUUUCGGAGAUGACAUUUCUCAAGGUGUAAAUAAGUCCUUAUUUUCAAGCUCCUGUAUUCAGAAAACUGUCAGUACAAAUCUAUCACCUGUGGAUUUUUCAGAUUCCAAAAAAACCUCUCCAGUCACUUCUUGCAAUAAUAAAAUACAUACUACUCAUUCUGCCUCUCCACCAGUGGAUACGUUAGGAGUUGGACCACCACCUCUCCUUCCUUUAUCUAGUAAAUCGGCUGAUCAAAAGCGAUGUUCUUCCUCUUUGUUUUCAACAUCUGCUGAAAGUGAUCACAUUGCCGCAUUUCCUCCUACCUUGAUGCCUUCCAGACAGUCGGAAUUGGUGUCGACUUCCAGCAGUUGCUUCUUUACAAACUCACAGCCUUUGUCAUCUAAGCAAAUCAGCGAUAAAAAUGGAGGAUUGCGUAUUACAAUUAAACUAGGUGGCGGGACAUUAAACGAAGAACAUCUUGCUUCAUCUCUUUCCCCUUCAUCAUCUUCUUCCUUAUCUUCAUCGGAGUCAACUUCAGGGGAUGAAGACAAUUCAACAACUCAUUACAUACAGUCACAAAAUUCAACCCAGAUAUUCAAAAGGGAACCGAAUGAAAAUAGUGUUUUGAACUUAGUGGAUAAGGACAGACCAAGUAGCCAUUCUGUAUCAUUGUCUCAGUCAACAGCAUUUACAGAAAAAACACCAAAGCUUGUUAUUCGCCUCGGGAAUGGUUCUAUUGCAGCAUCUCAGCCACAGACUACUGCAACUACACAUUCUCAGUCGGUUAGUCAAAAUAUGACAAAUUAUUCAGAAAAUCCCACUUCAGUUGUUGACAAGAAGCAUUCAAUUUCUUUAAUAACCCCACCACCUCCUUUACAAUUGACUAUCUCUCGCGAUAGACUAAAAUAUAGAGGCCGCACUGCUUCACAAGGUAGCGAUUCAAAUGCAUCAAAUACGAGUUCAACCAUUACAGGAAGUCUUUCAAGUAGUGAAGAAGAAGUAGUUGUUCAUCCUCAUAUUAGUCCUACGGGAUCUGCGAGUUUGCCACCGCCUCCUUCUCUGGAACGCUUGCCACCUCGACCAGGUCAUGGUGGUUUCCUAACGAGUAAACCUACCACUCAAAGACACUUAGUUCAUCAUUCUCAGUUGCCACCUCCGUCCCUAACAAGCAGUAUAAAGAAAUCAGACAAUAUUUUGCCUCUGAAGCACAUAGUUUCACCAGGCACAACUAUGUCAAAUGGUCCUAAUCCUACCGCUACUCAUUGUCACCUUCCACCUCUUCUUCCACUAUUUUCUUCAGUUUCGGAACAAAAAAUGUCUCUCUCACUAUCAUCUCAGUCAAUUCCAGUUUCAACAGAACAGUCUUUACAUUGUGACAAUUCAAAAUCAACUUCACAUCUCGGUGACAGAAAAAAAAGAAGACUUACUGAUCAGGAUUCUCAUUUACCUCUAGGCAAGCGAAGGACAUUGAUCCAGUCUUAUGCAGUUCAUUCACCAGAAACUGAAUCAAUUGUUAAGAGACCACGUGCUACAGUGGAUUCCGUCUUUACAGAUGAUGAUAGUGAUACUAAAAAUGAAGAAAAAUCCCCUAUGUUGUCAAUUACAGCUUCAUGUUCAAAUGACUCAGUUAAUAACCAGAAAUCCCUUCGUCCAUCUAACAGCGAAAAUUUGUAUAUAUCUAAUCCUCCUACAAAUUCUUUAGCUCCCUCUCUUAAUUCUACUGUAUCUCCUUUGAAAACCCAACCACGAACAAAACAUACUGGUUUGUAUAGCAAAAAGUCUUUAUAUCGUCCAGUCACCAAGUCAUCAUCUCAUACCAGUAGUACAAAAAGUUCUGCAUCACUUAAAAGUGGGAAAGUUCGUGGCCGAUCCAAACUCACACCUGCUUCGCCAAUCAAAACUCCAUCAAGUAAUAACAUCUCUUCCAAAAUGGUUCAACGUGAAUCUGCUUCACAAAUCGUUGUUGAGUCUGCUGGCAGCUCAUAUUAUUUUGUAAGUAAAGAGAAUGGUUAUUCAACACUUCACCUUCAUUUUACUUAAAAUGUUGUAACAUUAUUCUGAUAUUCAUGCAUUUUUAUUGGUCACUUAGCGAUUUCCAACAUAGAAACACUAAAAGAGGAUAUUUCCCAAUAUAAUUUUGCGUAAAUCGUUGUAAUCUUCGUAGGUUAUAUGCUUGUGGUCAAGUUAAAUGCUUUUAAUUCUUAGUAUGGCAUCCGUGAAGUAUCCAUAGCGCACUAAUCACCUCGUUAACUUGACUAAAUAACCAUGUAAUAUAUAUAUAUAUAUAUAUAUUGAUGGAUCCUGAAAUACAGUGUCUGCUAGUUAGGAGAAUAUAUUUUCUCACCAUAGAUCAUAGUUUCCUAUAUUGUUUUUGUCUAUUUGUUACUCACUUAUUUGAGUACUAACCUAGCAACCAAUAAACCUACUAUUUGUAACUCAGUAGUAUAUACAAAUCUUAUUUAACAGUUUUUCCUCAAGACUUGUUACAGUGACCUGUAAUUUAUUCCUGAGUUGCGUAUACUUGACUUAUAUCAAUGACAUUUGUUGUGCUCUUUGAAUUAGUGCCAGUUAGAUAUCAUGAACCCAUAAUUUUAGUAGUAAGAAUUUCCGAAAUCAAUAACCGCAGUUUGUGGUAGGAAUUGAGACAAAUUUACUACUGGGUACCAUUCUGUCAUUUUCUAAAGCUUGACAGCAAUUUUUGUAAUAUCCUUCUAAGCGAAUCUUUAUAAAGGUGGUGUUUGUUUGCAGUGAAUUAUCCUAUGCAUCUAUAUUCAUUUUUAUUGUUUUGCGUAAUUAAUCGUAGAAUAAUGAUGGUGAGCAAAUAUG